AUGACAUGUUAUUAUGAUACGUUUAGUAUCCAACGUUCAGUAAAACAGUUGAAAAGCGAAUAUAAAAAUAUUAAUUUUAUAUUAAGUUUGGGUGGUGAUAAAGAUACAAUGCAACCAGAAAAAUAUUUGCAAUUAUUGAAAAUUCAUAAAAUAGUGUCGAAAUAUAAAUUUGAUGGUUUCGAUUUGGCCUAUCAAUUACCGAAAUAUUAUGAAAACCAAACGUCAGUUGCGGAAGAAAAUGCAAGGAAUAAUUAUCCAUUGAAAAUGACACAAUUAAUUAUAACCUUAAAAUCCAUCUUGGCUAAGGAUAACAAACUGUUGUCAUUGACUGUUCUGCCAAAUAUUAAUGUAAAAUCAUUUUAUGAUGUUCCAGCAAUUAUUGAUAAUAUAGAUUUUAUUACCUUGGCGGCAUUUGAUUAUUCAACACCCAAACAAACCCACAAUAUGGCGAAUUAUUUGGCGCCACUCUAUGCACCAGGUCAUUGUAACUCCAUAACUAAUGUAAAUUAUACCCUAAACCAAUGGAGGAUGUCGCAACGUAAAUUACCCUUUUCAAAAUUUAAUUUGGGUAUACCCACGUUCGCUCAUAGCUGGAAUACAACAAAACCUCUAAAGAAACCACAUAUGCCAAUCACUAAGCAAUUAAAUGGUCCUGCUCCCGGUGGUUAUAACACGCAUACACCUGGUCUGCUAGCAUGGCCGGAAAUGUGUAAAAAAUUGUCAAAACUCACAAGGGUUACGAAAAAACUUUUCGGAAGUUUUGCAUAUCGUCCGGGUAUAACAAAAAAAGAACAAGGUCUCUUAAUAACCUAUGAUGAUCUUGACAAUAUUGAGGAGAAGGUGAAAUAUACCAAAUCGAAUAAAUUGCAUGGUAUUGCUCUGUUUGAUAUAACAUUAGAUGAUUUUCGUGGUAAAUGUCGUGGAGAACGAUAUGUAAUGUUGAAUGCAAUUAAGAAGCUGAUUAAAUUAAAUUGA